AUGCUUGUUGUCACAUCUCUCCUCGUUUCCGUCCAGGGGGCACAGUUGACCCAAGAUUCUCAGAAAUACUGCUCGGCAACCUCAGAUUGGCCAGGAUGGGGGAAAGUGCAAUAUGCAUUUAUCUUCGGAGAUUCAUAUACAUCAACAGGAUUUGAGACGAACGGCACUCAGCCAACACCUACCAAUCCACUUGGGAAUCCUCCAUAUCCAGGUUAUCCUGCAACCAACGGCCAAAAUUGGGUCGACUAUCUCACAGUCAAAGACAACAAGUCUACCGUCCUAACAUAUAAUUUGACAAAUGGAGGAGCGACCGUCAACUCUGAUCUCGUUGCUCCUUAUAAACCAGAAGUUUCAUCGAUUGCCGAGCAGAUUGAAAAUCAAUUCUUUCCUACUUACGCAGGAAAACCAAAACAGCUCCAUGGUAAUUCGUACUUUCUUGGAGUCCCAGCAACCACAAAUCUUAACGAACGAGUAAUGGCGGUUUACCACGGUCUGAUUGAUGAGCUCUACUAUAUCGGCGCUCGGAAUUUUGCAUUCUUGAAUGUCCCACCCGCUGACAGAAGUCCCCUAUCGAUUUCCGGUGGUGCCGCUUCCCAAGCCCAAGAAAAACUUGACAUUGCUGACUGGAAUGACCGUCUCGCAGCGCUUGCCCAAAACCUGAAGAGAACGUUCUCCGACGUCAAUAUAUUUACAAUUGAUGUCCACGCCCUAUUUACAAACGUAUUGGAUAAUCCAAAAAGUUUCCCUCAAACCGCUGUCUACCAAAACACCACCGCUUAUUGCAUUGCUUACGAGAAUGGUACACCGACACCAAAUUAUACCGAUCCAUCUUGUUACAUACCGGUCAACGAGUAUUUCUGGCUGGAUUCUUUGCAUCCUACUUAUCCGAUGCAUGAUAUUCUUGCGCAGGGGGUUGCAAAGGUAUUGGAGUCGGGUCUAAAUGUUUGCUAG